AUGGGAAGGGACAUUGAUACUGAUAUCAAUAGAAAUAAUGGUCCAUAUGUUUUCAGACUUUGUGGGCAAAAUUAUCACCGUAUAGGGGCAUUGCUUCCACCUGCUGGAAAGAAACCUACUUUUGCACAACUUUACAUCUAUGAUACACAAUGUGAAAUCAGUCAAAGAUUGAAUUGUAUGGGAAGGCAAGCAACUUAUAAUAGUGUUGACAAAGAAUUGAAAUUGAUACUUGAUAGGAACAAUGAGUUGGUUAAAAUUUUCGAAGGAAAAGUAACUGCUAUUUGUAGAGUGUUCAAGAUGAAAUUGCUUGAACUGAUGAAAGAGAUAAAGAAUGAUAAAUAUUUUGGUGAAACUCUGGCAAUUAUUUAUACUAUUGAAUUCCAGAAAAGAGGUCUCCCACAUGCACAUGUAUUGAUUUUCCUCUACGGGGAAUAUAAGAAUCCUUCUCCAUCAAAGAUUGAUAGGAUGAUAUCUGCUAAAUUACCAGAUAAAGAAAAGGAUCCUCUUGCUUAUGCAGCUGUUGGGAACUACAAUAUCCAUGGUCUGUGUGGAAAUUUAAAUACAAGUUCACCUUGCAUGGAGAACGGGAAAUGCAAAAAACAUUUUCCAAAGAAAUUUGUGAAUGCAACAACUAUAGAUGAUGAAGGGUACCCAGUAUAUAAAAGGCGAGAUACUGGAUCAAUUAUUGAGAAAAAAGGUGUCAAAAUUGACAACCAUUUUGUUGUUCCCUAUAAUAGAAAUCUGACGGUUAAGUAUGAUGGUCACAUAAACAUUGAGAUCUGUAACCAGCAUAGAUCAAUCAAGAAUCUAUUCAAGUAUGUCAACAAAGGACCCAACAGAAUCAAAGUUUCUAUGGAGGUUGCAAAAAAUAACGAAGGGAGUUAUGGAUGCACAAAUAUUACAGAGGAUUAUGAAAUUAAAACUUAUGUCGAUUGUAGAUAUAUUUUUGCCAUGGAGGCUAGUUGGAGAAUAUAUCAAUUUGAUAUGUACUAUGGAGAACCAGCUACAAAAUUAACAGAGUGGAUGAAAUGUAAUCAACAAUAUGAAGAGGCAAGAUCAUUGACUUAUUCUGACUUCCCAACAGAAUGGGUUUGGAAUGACAAAGAAAGGAGAUGGAGUCAACGGGAAGGUGGAAGAUGCAUUGGCAGAAUUUACUUUGCAUUUCCAGGCAGCAGUGAAAAAUAUUAUCUGCGGAUGUUGUUAAAUUUGGAUAGAGGAGCAACAUCAUUUGAAAAUAUCAGAACUGUUAACGGAAGGAUAUAUCCUGCAUUCAAAGAUGAAUGUUAUGCAUUAGGCUUGCUGGAUGAUGACAGAGAAUGGAAUGAUUGCUUAGCUGAAGCAUCAAUAUGGGCUACUGGAACACAUUUACGAUAG